UGAGAGCGAGUGUUACAUCUGAGUCAGAAGCAUCACAGGGAGAUAUGGCACUUCUAGAUCUUCAGCAAGCAACUUCAGUGAGGAAAGGAUUCUGAAAACACUUCUUACUAGCAUCUGUUCAAGGGCAACAAAAAGGAAAUACUAUAUAAAUACCAUAUAAAUGAUUGACAAAACAGGUCCUAGCAGAAGGAUGAAUUUCAAUCAAUUUUUAAACAGCUAUGAAUGCCUGGAGGGUACUGGGCUAGCUGUUUUAGGAUGCUUACAGUUCCCAGCAUAUAACAGAAAGGACCGCGGAGUGAAACGUUUUUUUUUAGGGAAUCCAUGAACGCUGUUCUUUAAUAAUUUUCCUCAAUGGAAGAUAUGAAAGUCUAUGCAGAAGAGUGAACAGGCAUGCUGAACUGGGUGUGUGAAGAGUUCAAACCCCCCCCCCCAACUGUACCUGCUGAUGGACAUGGAUCUUCUAUGGAAAAGACAGUGAAAACCAUCGGAUUGCCUAUAACACUGUACCAUGACAAGACCUGGUGACUCAAUUUUCUAACACGCUACCUGCAGAGCAUUCAAACCCAGCCUCAUAAUGGAAACAAAGCUACUGAAGAACUCCACACUAGCCAGUAGCAAUGUCUCUAGUCUUCAACACGUGAGCAGCCACAGUCUUUGGGAGAUCAUAACCAUAGCAACCGUUUCUGCCAUUGUGAGUCUGAUAACAAUAAUUGGCAACAUCCUUGUCAUGGUAUCAUUUAAAGUCAACAGUCAGCUGAAGACGGUCAACAAUUAUUAUUUGCUGAGCCUGGCUUUUGCUGACCUCAUUAUAGGUGUGUUCUCCAUGAAUCUCUAUACUUCUUACAUACUAAUGGGAUACUGGUCACUCGGGACCCUCGCCUGUGACCUGUGGCUAGCUCUGGAUUAUGUGGCCAGCAACGCCUCUGUAAUGAACUUGUUAGUCAUCAGCUUUGACAGAUACUUUUCUAUCACAAGACCUUUGACUUACAGGGCGAAACGUACACCCAAAAGGGCUGGCAUCAUGAUCGGACUUGCUUGGUUGGUGUCUCUUGUUUUAUGGGCUCCUGCCAUUAUAUGUUGGCAGUACUUUGUUGGAGAACGAACAGUGCCUUCAGGUGAAUGCGAGAUCCAGUUCUUCUCUGUGCCUGUGAUCACCUUUGGCACCGCCAUUGCGGCUUUCUACAUCCCCGUAUCCAUUAUGACGAUAUUGUACUGUCGUAUCUACAAGGAGACUGAGAAACGCACCAAGGACCUGGCCGAACUUCAAGGCUCAAACUUCUCAGCCGACCAGAGGAAAGCGAAACCUCAAAACCCUCUUCUCAAAUCGUGUUUCAAUUGCAAGAGGCAGACGGACGCCAACCGGGAUCGGAACGAAACCUCCUGGUCAUCCUCUAGCAGAAGUACAGUCUUGAAAGCCCUCGUUCCUAACACCAAUGAUGAGUGGUCCAAGAAUGACCAGGUGACGUCCUUCAAUAUCUACCCCUCUUCUGAAGACGACGACAGACACAUGUCCAAGCCCAUGUUCCAGACAGCUCACAAGAACCAGAUCAGCAGCGGCAGCCAAAACAAAAGCCCUGCAGAUGCAGAGGGGAGAGAGGACUUUGGUGAAGACCAGCCGAACUUGAAAAGCUACUUCACCUCGCCUGCCAAAUAUAUCAACAGUAAAAAAGGGGUUUCCUACAAAUUCAAGCUGGUCACUAAAGACAGCAGCCCCCCUUUGAGCAAAAACGGCUGCUCCCAGCUGGCAGCCUCGUCUUGUUCCUCGGCAGAAUCCAUGGGACCCUCGGCUUCUAAAAACAUCGACCCCAGCAUGAAAAACCAGCUUACCAAGAGGAAACGGAUGGUUCUUAUAAAAGAGAAGAAAGCGGCACAGACUCUGAGUGCAAUUCUCCUGGCAUUCAUCCUCACUUGGACUCCUUACAACAUCAUGGUCUUAAUCUCGACCUUCUCAGACUGCAUCCCCACCUCCCUGUGGAAUCUCGGUUACUGGCUCUGCUACGUCAACAGCACCAUCAACCCCAUCUGCUACGCCCUGUGCAACAAGACCUUUCAGAAGACCUUUAAGCUGCUGCUGUUCUGUCAGUGGAAUAAGAAGAAGAGGGCAGAGGAGAAGCUAUACUGGAACAGCCAGAAUCCCACUGCUAAUAACAAACUGCCAUGAGUGGCCAGUCAAGAUAGAACACGAGGCACUUAUUAUAAAAUGGGGUAGAAUUGUCGCAGCAGUGGUGCAAUUUUUUUAUUUAUUGAUAUGUAUUUUGAUUAAAUGUCUGCUG